AAACCGAGGUUUAGAUGUAAAAUCGAAUGAUAACAAAAAUUUAAAAAGUCAAAAUUAAUAAUAAUGCUGGCACAAAUAAACCGAAAUUUCUUAAAAUUAAUACCACAUGCAAUACGCUGUUCUACAAGAAGCAAUGUCAGCUAUAGAUUGAGAGUGAAUGGCAUAACACCGACUGCUUCUUUCGGAGCUAAACAUUAUCAUUCCAUCAUUCGAGAGUCAGAGAAGCCUAAAGGGGAAACUAAUAAACAUGAGUUCAAAGCAGAGACAAAAAUGCUUCUCGAUAUCGUUGCCAAGUCUUUGUAUUCAGAAAAUGAAGUGUUUGUACGAGAACUUAUUUCUAAUGCUAGUGAUGCAAUAGAGAAAUUUCGAUACAUCGCCAAUACUUCAGAACCAGACCAAAUAGUUGAACUCGAUAGAAAAUGUGAGAUUCACAUUGAGACCAACAAACAGGACAUGAAGUUAGUGAUUCAAGAUCGAGGGAUUGGAAUGACAAAAGAUGAGUUAAUUGAUUCAUUGGGAACAAUUGCAAAGUCAGGUUCAAAGAAUUUUUUGAGUCAACUAAAGGAUAGUGGAUCGAUAGAUGCGACAAACAUCAUCGGGCAAUUUGGCGUAGGCUUUUAUUCGGUAUUCAUGUGCGCUUCUCAUGUAGAUGUUUAUACAAAAUCAUCAAGUCCAGGAGCUAUCGGUUACAAAUGGUCAAGCGAAGGGACUGGAUCAUUUGAAAUUCAAGAAUGUGAUGACGUUGACGUUGGAACUAAAAUAGUCAUUCAACUUAAACCAGAAUGCCGAGAAUAUGCAGAUGAAGACCGAAUUCGCAAUGUUGUUAAAAAGUACAGUAAUUUUGUGGGAAGUCCAAUAUUUUUAAAUGGCAACCAACUCAACUUGGUUCAGCCUUUGUGGCUAAUGGAGCCGAAAGAAAUCACAGACGAACAGCAUUUACAAUUUUAUCGUUACAUUGCGAAUUCAUUCGACACACCUCGUUUUAAGAUCCACUUUAAAACCGAUGUUCCGGUGUCAAUUCGAGCAGUUUUAUAUUUUCCUGAAGGUAAGCCAGGACUUUUUGAAAUGUCAAGAGACACAGAAACAGGCGUUGCACUUUACACCAGAAAGAUUCUGAUUCAAUCAAAGACCGAAUUGAUGUUACCAAAGUGGUUGAGAUUCGUGAAAGGUGUCGUCGAUUCUGAAGAUAUUCCUUUAAAUUUAAGCCGUGAACUUCUUCAGAACAGUAGCUUGAUUAGAAAGAUUCAAAGUGUUUUGACAUCGCGUGUGUUAAAGUUUCUUUAUGAAAAAUCUACAAAAGAACCGGAAAAUUACGAAAAGUUCUAUAAAGAUUACGGACUUUUCCUCAAGGAAGGAAUUGUCACAACACACGAUCAAAAAGAAAAGGAAGACAUUGGAAAGCUUUUACGAUUUGAAACAAACAAAACGGGUGACAAUGUUAAAAUAGGACUUGAUGACUACUUAAAACAUUUGAAGGAAAACCAGAAGGAUAUUUAUUACCUUGCAGCGCCAUCACGACAACUGGCAUUAAAUUCUCCUUAUUUUGAGAGUCUGAAAAAGAAUGAUUACGAAGUUCUCUUUUGUUAUGAGCCAUACGAUGAGCUUGUACUAAUGCAGUUGAUCAGUUUCAAGAACCAUAAUUUAGUGAGUGUUGAAAAGGAAAUUCGACGUGCAACAAGCACUGAAGAAAGCGACAAGCUUUUUGAGGAAAAUCUAUCUAAACCGACAGAUUCUUUAUCGAAGAAGGAUACAGACGACUUGAUUCGAUAUUUACGUAAGGAAUUAGGAAAUAAAGUUCAAACUGUGAAGUACACAACAAAAUUAGAUCAACAUCCUUGCGUAAUAACCGUCGAAGAUAUGGCGAGUGCUCGACAUUUUAUUAAAACACAAAGUCAUCAAUUAAGCGAAGACAAUCGUUAUGCUCUUCUUCAAUCACACCUAGAAAUUAAUCCAAAACAUCCAAUCAUCAUGAAGCUUCACAAACUUCUUUCAACAGAUGAAAAAUUGGCAUCUUUACUAGCGCAACAACUGUUUUCCAAUGCCUUGACGAUUGCUGGUCUUGUUGAAGACCCGAGACUUCUUCUUACACAAAUGAAUGAGUUGCUAAUUAAGGUUCUCGAGAAACAUUAGAUUAAUGUUGAAAAGAAAAAAAAAGUUAUAAAGAAUUUUAAUAAAAAUAUUUGUGUCGCCUGUCAAAU